CAGAUCUCAUAUCCGUACAACUGAUGCAUUUCAUCUUCCUCGCUAUCGUAGCUGCGUUGACAGCAUCCAUGUCUGUCAGUGCAACACCAGCUGUUGUCAGCAAGGACUCGCGAUGCUUUGGGCUUAACAAACCUUGUAACAUGACCAUCGACGACGGUGAUUGCUGCACUGGUUAUUAUUGUCACCUGGUAUGGAGAGUUUAUUUCGCAUCUUCAUUGUUCCGAGUCAAGUGUUCAAGUUGACUCACCCUUUCUGCCUUGUGAUAGGUGGCCGUGUAUCCUCCGUACCCCGGUACUUGCUUAGCAGUCUAACUACCGAUCGAGAAAGACCUUCAAGAUACCAAAGAGCUCGCACGUCACGAGAAUUGCCCUUGGACAAAUUUCACUACUGCUAGAGUCAUGGGAAUUCUUGAAUAGAGCAUCUUUCGAAAGACUCAAUAUGAUGUUGACAGGAAAAUAUGACAUAUGACCGAGGUUGGACAUAAUCUACGUUCACAGUAGUGCUUUCGUGUUGUUUUCGUCGUUGUUUUCGCUUCUGUUUUCAAAUUUCUG